UGUAUUUUACAGCUAAUAAAAUAUCCAAGCUGCCUCGGUGCUUGGCAUACUGCAUACUACUGUACUAAACAGUACACCGAGCUAGUACGCCACCGUGUGGUGUUAGUUCCGUAGUAGGUGGUGUUGGGCUUGUUGAAGCUGUAUAACGGUGUGUUUUACAGUAAAAACGCCAGGACGCGCUCCGCCUCACAGUAACGGGGGAGGAGGGAGACCAACAUGGUCAGACCUAAUCUGCAAUGAUCUCUGUAGCUCUACCUACUGCCUUUCAUUUCCCCGAAUGUUAACUGAACUGUCAUUUGAAAGCAUGGCAUCGAAAGAAGACAUUUAUUCCAAAAUUAUUCCACGCAGACUUCGGCCAAACCGACACUACGCUGUUAAACACGGAUCACAUUUGGACGUGCUGUUAUCGAUGGGCUUCCCUCACAACAGAGCGUUGAAGGCACUGAUUUCUACGGGAGGCAGGAAUGUACAACUUGCAUGCGACUGGCUUUUCUCCCAUGUAGAUGACCCUUUUCUGGAUGACCCCUUACCCAGAGAGUAUGUACUGUACCUACGGCCUAGUGGCCCACUUCAGAACCAGCUGUCUCACUUCUGGCAGCAGUCACGCCUCACCUGUGGCAAGAACAAAGCCCACAACAUAUUUCCUCACAUCACACUCUGUCAGUUCUUCAUGUGUGCAGACAAUAAGGUGGAAGCUCUGUGUGGGGCUUUGCAGUCCACGGUUAAUCAGUGGAGAGGCCGCUUCCCUAGCCCUUUGCCCUUAGAGCUCUACACCUCUUCUAAUUUUAUAGGCCUCUUCGUUGAAGAACAGGUGGCUGAGACCCUGAAGAAAUUUGCUUUUGACUUUGCUGCAGAAGCUGCUGCUAAAGCAGAAGUACAAGUGGAGCCACAUAAGAAGCAGCUGCAUGUGACUUUAGCCUACAACUUUCCAAGCAGCCAUUUGGCUUCAUUGGAGAAAUUGGCAAGGGGAAUUGAAGUCAAGCUCAGUUGUGAUUGGCUUGCUGUUUUAUUCUCUCGGGACAUCAGAUUUGCAAAUCAUGAGACUCUGAAAGUGAUGUACCCAUAUGUUCCUCAGAAUGAGGAUGAGCUGGAACUGAUACCAGGGGAUUUUAUUUUCACCUCUGCAGUAGAGCAUAUGAGCACCAGUGAGGGAUGGGUGUAUGGCACCUCUCUGAGCACUGGGCUUUCUGGGCUGCUUCCUGAAAAUUACAUUAACCGUGCUGACGAGUGCGACACCUGGGUUUUCCACGGGUCGCAUUCAUUCUUCAGUGCCUUGCCUUCAGAAAAAAGCAACAAAGAGAGCAAAACACUGGAUGGGCUGCUCAGCAUUCAGUGCCUAGAUAACUCAAAAGCUGGAGACUCAUCUAUUAUAAAUGUGGUCUGCCAGCCUAUGCAGGUACUCAGAGUUAACAGUCACACUCAUUCCCCUAAAAGAACCCUGCUUGUUUGUCGUCACGGAGAGAGGAUGGAUGUAGUGUUUGGGAAACACUGGCUCUCACAGUGUUCAGAUGCAAAAGGCAAAUAUGUGCGGAGUAACCUGAACAUGCCUCCGUUUCUGCCUGCUUGGGGUGGAAACCGAGAUUAUGACAUGGAUGCUCCUAUUACAGUAUUUGGAGCAAUACAAGCCAGGACUGUGGGUGAGGCAUUACUGGAGAAUAAUACUACUAUUGAUUUUGUGUACUGCUCGCCCAGUCUCCGCUGUGUUCAAACAGCUCACGAGAUUCUUAAAGGUAUGAAGCAGGAAGGGAAAUUGAGGAUGCGAGUGGAGCCAGGGUUAUUUGAAUGGACAAAAUGGGUCUCUGGAAAUUCAUUGCCUGCAUGGAUAUCUCCUGUAGGCCUUUCUGCAGCCAAUCUCAGCGUUGACACAACAUACAAACCUCAUAUACCCAUUACUAAACUAAAUGUGUCUGAGUCCUAUGACACCUACAUGAGCCGCAGCUACAGAGUGACCAAAGACAUCAUGGCAUCUUGCAAAAAUAAGGGAAAUAUUCUUAUCGUGGCCCACGCUUCAUCUCUAGAGGCCUGCACACGCCAGCUCCAAGGCCUCACCCCACACAACGCCAAAGAGUUUGUCCAAGUCGUCAGGAAGAUCCCUUAUCUUGGUCUAUGUGCAUGUGAAGAACAAGACACUGGUGUGUGGCAGCUGGUAGAUCCACCUAUCCCUCCCCUCACACAUGGACCCAAUCACUGCUUCAGCUGGAGAGAGACUCUGCAGCAGGAAUGACAUUCCCGGACCUGUCUGCUAACAACUCUGGAGGGCUGUGCAUUCUGUCUUAGGUGCACUGGAACUCUUAUCAACAUCUGUGUGCUCAUGUGAUUAACCCCUGGGACAGGUUCUACGUUUACACACAAAAUAGGGACAAUAAACUGAUGGAUAUAUUUAUUUAAAUAUGUGAUAUGGAUAUUUUGAAUGCAUGGGAUUCUCAGGGCAUUGGUAAUCACUCUUAAUAGGUGAGGCACAAGAUCAGUGGCACAAAUGGCAUAAUUCACCCAGACUUUCUACAUGAAUGAGUUUGGGGACAGAAGCAUAAAACUGCUUGAGUCUUGUGUAAACUUGUCUCAGAAAUUAUGAUUGGCAGAAUAAUAUCUGCAAAUCUUUUAGCACUUUUGAUAAUAAUGCUAUGCAUAUUAACUCGAUCAAAUUCUAACAUUGUAUUAAGGCACUGCUUUGUGAUUUACUUAAGUUCUGUAAGUCAAUAAAGACACUUCACUUACAA